GACGACCAAGUGCAAGAUGAGUGCAUACAACAGCAACAGCCACAACCGCACAGUGGUUGGGAGAGAUUUAAGGCGAAUUGCAUGUCACCAUGGUACAAAAAGAUCUCAGUGGAGCCGACUAUGUUCCUGUAUAUGUUUGCUUUUAUGAUUACUUCUGUGGUGGAACAGGAUUUUUUCGUACAGAAAGCAUGUCGUGUGAAUAAUAAUUUUAGUGAUGAAAUAUGCUCGAAUAUCAAAGCAGAUGAAAAUGCUUACUAUAAAAAGGAAGUACAGAUCACAACAGCAAAGUUCCUUCAAAUAGAGUCCAUUGCAGCGCAUGUCUUCCCAAUUAUAUUAGCGCUCUUUCUCGGCUCUUUUUCUGAUCGACGCGGUCGUAAAUUUCCACUUUUAAUGGGCCUGACUGGCAAGUUCAUCUACUCGGUUAUGAUUGUAGUGAAUGCGAUGAAGACGUGGCCAUUGGAGUAUGUCAUCUACACAGCUACUCCUUCGGCACUUACAGGCGCAGAUGUGGCCAUAUUUGCAUCAUGUUUUGCCUAUAUAUCCGAUAAAUCAACGCUAAAAAAUCGCACUCUACGUGUUACCAUACUAGAUGUGGUUUAUCUGAGCGCCAUGCCAACUGGAGUUGCCUUGGGUUCCUACCUCUUUUACAAUGUGUUCAAUCAAUCUUACGCUGACAUGUUUACGUUGAAUGCCACACUAUUGGCGCUCUCUAUAAUCUAUACAAUUUUUGCGCUUAAGUGGCAAACUACGCCCAAACAACGUUCACUACGCGAACUCGGCUGGUGUGGCUUCUUUCCGGAUUUCUUCGAUAAGGAACAUGUGAAGGAGUCUUUCAAUGUUUUGGUUACCCGACCUGGUCAUCGACGGCCCUUUCUCCUCAUACUGCUGAUCAGCAUGGCUUUGUAUACAUUCCAACGCGAUGAGAAUCAGUACUUAUUCCUUUACACCACAUUCAAGUUUAGUUGGAACGUCGAUGUGUACAGCACUUUCAAAACAUUCAAGUCGUCCGCUUAUGUGAUAGCGAUGUUGUUGGCGGUGCCGCUGAUGAAUAAGGGAUUCAAUUGGAAGGACACGACCAUAAUAUUUAUCGGCGCUUGGGCGCACGCCAUUGCUCGCAUCUUCUAUUACUGCGCUGAGACUGGCACCUUAUUUUAUGUUGGCGCUUUGAUAUGCAGUUUAGGUCCGAUCGUUGGUCCAAUGAUACGUGCAAUGACCUCGAAAAUUGUUCCACAGUCGGAGCGUGGCAAGGUGUUCGCUCUGCUCGCCGUCUGUGAUAAUGCCGUGCCGUUCAUUAGUGGUGUCUGCUAUUCGCAAGUCUAUCGCGCGACCUUAAAUGCUGACGGCAAAGGUGGAGCAGGUGUCUUCCUGUUGACUAUCGCCACCCAGAUGGCCGUUUUCGUUUUGAUACUCGCUGUUCAUAUCAUUCUUGGCGAACAAUCCCUGGCUGUACCGGAAAUCACUGAGAAGGAGUCUCAACUUAUACGUUCCAGUAAUGAGGUCGAUGCCAACGCUGGCCGAGGAGCUGAAAGUCCGAGUGCUGCUGAGAAAUCGCAAAUCGCUGUUAUAAGCGCAAAUGUGCCGGAAGAGAACGUCACGUAGGGUAGAAAGUAUGUAUGUACAUAUGUGCAUACAGGUGUAUGUACACCACAUUAUUUUAAGUUUUUAAAAUUAUAUAUAGAUGACUUUAAAUUAUAGAAAUUAUGAUUCUUUUAACAUAAUCCCAUUAUUG